AAAUUUUCCUAACCUCAACAUUAUUUUGAAAAAUAAAAUAAAAUUAUUUGGUUACUUUAUCUCUUGAAAAAACAAAGAUUUCACAUUUGCAUCAUUAAAGUGUUUCAUAUUUCAAUUAAAAAUAAUCAUGCUGCAUUCACGAAUGCUUUCAAAUUUCGUUCGUAUUUCUUCAAGAACAUUGAGGACAUCAGCGAUCAGAAAAAAUGUGGAAGCCGCUCCUGCAGCGUCGGAAAAAAUGACGAUUCCAGUUCCAGAAGGAAGUGACAAGCCAUUCAAUCCAAAAUUGGAUUCUAUUGUAAAUCAAAUAUCAGCCCUCAACAUUCUUGAAGUUUCAGAACUUAGCACUUUGCUUAAGAAAAAAUUAAAUAUUCCCGACACUGCUAUGAUGCCUAUGGGAUUUGCACAAGCUGCACCCUCUGCUGCAGGUGAAGAUGAUGAAGAAGCAGCUCCUAAGAAAGUUCAAACAGCUUUUAAAGUGAAGAUUAUUAAAUUCGAUACUACUCAAAAGGUAGCACUCAUUAAGGAAGUAAAGAAUCUUUUUGAUGGAAUGAAUUUAGUGCAAGCAAAGAAAUUCGUUGAAAGUGCUCCAACUAUAUUAAAGGAAGAUGUUACAAAAGAAGAAGCAGAAAAACUCAAAGAAGCUCUAACAAAAGUCGGAGCUGAAAUAGAAAUCGAAAGCAUGCAUAACGUUACAGCAGAUCAGAUUGAGAAGAACAAGCAAUUGAUACAGUUGGUUAAAGGCUAUCCUCAAAUAUACAAUCAUGAUCCAACUCAGCAACAAAACGGAGAGACUGUUGAAGAAAUAUGGGUGAAGAUUGGACAGGAAUUGCAGGAAACACCUGAAUCUUGUAAGAAGAAAUGGCGAUUAUUACGAUCAUCAUUGAUUCGUUACAUUAAAGUGUUUAAAGACAAGUCAACAUCCAAGGGGAAUCGUUACCGCCCUUAUUACUUGCUUGAGCAUAUGGACUUUCUCUUGCCUUUCAUUGAUGACAAGAGUAUCAUUCGAAAAGUUAAACCAAUAAUAAAGUCACCACAACAGCAAACUGUUACAGUUGUCAAGAAAAAUCGACCAGAGGAAGAAACAAUUCUGUAUACCUCAACUCCAAACACUAUAACGUACAGCGUUCAAACAGUCGCAACGUCCAGCAAAGAUUCUUCAUCACAAGAUAUUAAAGCUGAUGUUCAACAGCAAACUCAGGAUAUUCAACAAUUUUAUAAUCAUGCUGGUGUCAAAAUCAUUGGAGAAGAUUAUAUCACAACAUACCCAUCAGGAGAACAGCUGAUUUAUCAAACGUCAAGUGGCCAGACUGUUGAGGAGAUGCAACAACAGCAGCAGGAAUGCAUUCAGCACGAAACAGAACAAAAUGAAUGUGUUCAACAAGAUUCUCCAUCGAAACAACAAAUGACAAAUGCUACAAUUAUUCCGAUUCCAAACGUAAGCAACGUCUUUUCAAGCACGAAUCCAAGUGAAGCAAGCGAUCUUUACUUCCUCAUCGGUCUCUUACCUGAUUUCCGUAAUUUGAGUCAUGACGCUAAACCCUCACAAACUGAGCAAAAUAUCAAACUGAUCUCUAUUAUAAAGAAAAAUCGUUGUCUUUACGAUCACAGUGAUCCAAACUAUAAAAACUCAGUGUUUGUGGAUCGUGGAUGGCAAGAUGUAUCUAAAGAAUUUGGUGAGCCAGUCUCCGAUUGUAAGAAAAAGUGGCGACAUCUUCGUUCGAGUCUUUCACGAUAUCUCAAAUCCAGCAAAGAUGAAUUAAAAAAUAAAAGCAAUAAACUCAAACCAUAUUACUUAUUAACUCAUAUGAACUUUCUUGUUCCUUACACGAAAACUCUCGACACAAAGUCUGAUCUUGUCGUUUGUAAUAAAUUUGAUCCACCCGACGAAAAUCAAGUGAGCUUUGAUGAAGAAAUGAAAACAGAAGAAGAGCCGACUUCUUUUCAGCAUGAAAUCAUUCAAGAUGAAGACUCGCAUGAAAUUGAGAGCAACAUUGUGUAUGAAGCGUAUGAGAUUCAGGAACAAAUUCCAACAUCCUCAGCGACAUCUCAAUCACAACCAAAAUCACAAAUAACACUUGUUCGAUCAUCACAUUCAAAUACUAAUCCGAAUACAAGUGUUCAACAGCUUCCAUUAACAAUAGGCUCUUCAAAGUCUCAACCACAGACUCUACAGUUGAAUGCUUCACAAAUCUCACAAUUUCAGCCACAACAAUCUCAAAAUCAAACUCAAGCGUCACUUCCAAUGCAAAACACAAUCAUACCGAUACCUGAUGAUCAGAGCUCAGCAGAUUUGAAUUUUUUCCUUGCUCUCUUGCCUGAUAUUAAAAUUAUGAAUCAGGAACAGAAACGAAAACUUCGUAUUGGAACACUCAAGCUUAUUGAUAGUAUUUUAUCAAACUCCAAUUAAUAAAAACAAUUUGAGAAUGUUUAAAUGUAAAUUUGCUUUCUUUUAAUGAAAAAUAAAAAAAGAAUAUCAGGA